AUGUCAUCGGACUCGGAGCAAGAAUGGAAGCCCAGCGGUCGCCCUCAGUCGACCAUGGCACAGGCCUUUUCAACCGCGCUGGAUAGCGCCUUCUCUCUGGACACCGAUGUCAAUCAUCUCUCACAGACCAUCGACCAAAAGAAGCUGCAGAUGAUGAUCCAGACCCGCGAACUCGAACAACUUCAAGCCAAGAUUCGCGAAGCCGAAGAACGCCUCAAAGCUCGACAGUCGGUGAUUAUGGAGGCCAGAAACCCUGCGGCGCAAAGAGACGGUCGGUUCUACGGAGGCUCAGGAAACACAUCAGCGUCGUCGUCGCCCACCGAUUCAGCACAAUACUCCAGCGGUGAUGAACAGCUGCGACGCAGCCAAGGCCGCAGUUCAUAA